AUGAAUUCUGUUCAAUUCUUAACAUUUCUAUUUUUCAUAUUCUUUAAUUGCUCUUUUGCACAUGAUGAUAGUUUUGAGGUGAGCACAUUUUUUAAAAUUCUUGCUAUAAUGUUUCUCGGCAAAAUUUUGCCAUUUUUCCAAACCAAAAAAAACUCACAUUUUUCGCUACAUUUCAUAAAAAACGUUGAGAAAAUAAGGGCGGCAAUUUGAAUGUUUCUAAAUAUCAGAAAUGAGCAAAAUGAUUCACGUCAAAUUAUUUAAGCUUAAAUCUCUCACAAAAGUAGGACAAACAGAUCACCUUUAAUAUAUCAGAAAGAAAAAAUGUACUUUCGAGUCAUAAUUAGAUCAAUGAACAACUAACAUGGCCUAUCUGUUUUUUACAGCGUGAUAUUCUUGAUGCCGCAUUUCAAUUAAACGAAUUUCCCCGAACAAGUUCGAAUCGUCGAGUUCGAAUCGAUCAAGCUGAAAAUGAUGAAGAAGAUAUGCAACAAGCAGUACAAAUUCUGGGAAAAGCCACUGAUUUGCUUGGUUCAAUCAUAACUAGUGAAAAUUCACCACUUCCAUUUAGCUUUUUAUCGACUUUGAAUUCAAAUCGCGGAAGAAAUUAA